UCCCUUUUCCUUUCCCUUUCUCUUUCCCUUUCAAGUCUCAACUCACUUUCACAGCUCUUAGCAACUGUCCUUUUCUCUCUGCUACUACGCUAACACAUUCAACUCUCUCUCUCUCUCUGUAGAACAGAACAGCCAUAAUAACCGCCACAAUGCGGCUCUCCGCUGUCGUUUUUCUACUGCUACUGCUCUCCUCUGCCGCCACCCUCAGCAACGCCCAUAACAUCACGCGCCUACUCGCCAAGCACCCAGCUUUCUCCACCUUUAACCACUACCUAACCAUAACCCACCUGGCCGCCGAGAUCAACCGCCGCACAACCAUCACCGUCUGCGCAGUCGACAACGCCGCCAUGUCUGAGCUCCUCUCCAAGCACCCUUCCAUCUACACCAUUAAGAACAUUCUCUCCCUCCACGUCCUCUUAGACUACUUUGGCGCCAAGAAGCUCCACCAGAUAAACAACGGCACAGCACUGGCCGCCACCAUGUUCCAGGCAACGGGAUCUGCGCCGGGAUCCGCGGGGUUCGUUAACAUCACUGAUAUGAAGGGAGGGAAGGUAGCAUUAGGACCGGAGGACAACGGCGGGAGUCUUGAUGUGUACUUCGUGAAAUCUUUGGAGGAAGUGCCUUAUAACAUUUCGGUUAUACAGAUCAGCAAGGUUUUGCCUUCGGACGUGGCUGAGGCUCCGACGCCGGGGCCGAGCCAGAUGAACCUGACUGACAUAAUGUCGGCUCAUAGUUGUAAGGUUUUCGCUGAUACUUUACUGGCAAAUUCUGAAGCUUCUAAGACUUAUCAGGACAAUCUUGAUGGAGGAUUAACAGUGUUUUGCCCUCUUGAUGAUCCAUUCAAAGCCUUCCUACCUAGAUUCAAAAACUUAACAGCAGCAGGCAAAACUUCAUUCCUUGAAUUCUUUGGUGUGCCUGUCUAUCAAUCUCUGUCUACGUUAAAAUCCAAUAAUGGUCUCAUGAACACUCUGGCUACUGAUGGAGCAAACAAGUUUGAUUUCACAGUGCAAAAUGAUGGUGAGGAUGUGACAUUGAAGACGAAGAGUACCACAGCAAAAAUUACUGGGACAUUGAUAGAUGAGCAGCCAGUUGCUGUAUAUACCAUUAACAAGGUUUUGUUGCCUAAAGAAUUGUUCAAGGCAGAAGCACCAACCCCUGCUCCGGCAUCUGCCCCAGAGAAAUCCGCAGAUGCACCAAAAUCCAGUAAGAGUAAGGACUUGUCUUCAGCACCAUCAGACUCACCAGCAGAUGCACCAGCUGACGACCCAGCUGAUCAAGCAGCUGAUGAAAAUGCUGGUGUGAGAUUUAACGGUGGAAGAUUCACUGCUACGGUGUUAAGUUUGUGGUUAGGACUUUUGAUGCUGUAAGUUUUUUCAAUAUUGCUUUUCGCCAAGAUUGUGGCGAACAAGUCAGGGCCUUAAUGGGCUAAUUUAUUUCUCUUUUUUCUUUUUUAUUUUUUUUAGUGCGUGGUUAUUUUUUAUUUUGUUUUCAAGAGGAUUUUCAGAGGUUUGUGAUUUAUUUUGUAGUAGAUGCUGUAGAUUUAUUGAUACAAACUGUUAUUGUCAUUAAUCAGGAAGAUUUUGGCAUAGUAAUAUAAAAGCUAUUGUGUGCAA